UUUAUACGCGGCGGGAGGAAAACAGAGAUCGUGAAAUCGUAUCAUCUUCGAUGGGUAACCCUAAAUCCCCUAAUUUGUCAAUUGGCGAAACAGCAUCCGAUUUGGAUUUGUGUGGUAAAGCGAAAACGUGGAAAUGAGAUUGAGGAAAUCGAUUCCGGCGUGGCAAAGAACGCAAAGGCAACGAGGGAGGAAUCGCAAUUGAAUUCUGGGAUGGUAAAGGAAACGCGGCAUGUUUUAAAAUUCACAGAUAUCGCUGGUCUAUUGAGUUUCUACGAGAAUAGGAUGAGCUUCGAAAGGGAAGAUUACGAUCCCAAGGCACAGUAUUUGUCAAGGACGAGGAAACAUAAACACGAAGACUACAAUAGGAUAAAGGAGAUGGAAGAACAUCCUUACGACCGCGAGGCUGUUCUCAAAUACAUCGCCCAAGUCCGCAAUAGCGGUGGUUUUGAUGUGGAUGUGCGUAUUCCUUCUUGGUUACACACGGGCUUUGUUUAUUUCUUCCCUGUGCCUUCCCCCAAUUCACGUGAUUUUGUGUUCAAGCUAGCACAGCUUGCGAUUGAUGAAAUCAAUGUUGACAUGAAAAGCGAAAGUUUUGAGCUUGUGGAAGUUGUCAAGGCGGUCACCACAAAAGCCUGCUAUGGUCUAGUGUAUUUGACUUUGGCUGUGAAAAAAGUUGGAGAAGAAGCUACUAUCACUAUCCAAGCAAUUGUCUCCUCUCCCUGGAUUGGCCAUGGCUCUAGGGAACUCCGCCAGUGGAGGAUUAAACCAGAUGCCGAGCCUCCAGCAGUGGUGGUGGAGCCUUGAUUGUUAGAUAUUAACUUCUGCUACUAUGUUUUAACAAGUUUUAGGACAUGGGGAAUGUGUUUUCCACUGAUAUUGGAUGUAUGAACAGGUCAGCACUUCCCCUAUAUCUAAAAUAGUUUUAUACUCCUAUUUGGUUGUGUAUUGUUCCUCCUAUUGUUCCAUUUCUGCUACUAUGUUAUUGUCCAGCUAGAUAUGCUGUCGAAUGGUUGUUUCUCUAUGAUUGUUCACUAAAUUAAUAAGUAUGUAAUCACCUUCACUACGGUUCAGCUUAAA